CAAGAUGGGUGCAGCCUGAUGCAAAGCUCAAAGACUUGAAGGCCAAGUGCCUCCUAAGCCAGGCUCUGACUCAAAGUCAAAGGAACACAAGUCGAAGUCUAAAAAGAAAUCAGCCAAAGAUUUUGAGAAUAUUGAUCGUACUGCAUGGAUAAGUGAGCAAUGAAAGCAUGAAGGAGACCAAGAGUUCUUCACAAAAGGAAUUAAUGAGUGUGACUUCCACAAAGCUCACUGCAUUGGCAAAGGCGCUUACUCCAGUGUAUACCUGGUGUAUAAGAAGGAUACAGGAAGACCUUAUGCGAUGAAGGUUAUUAAGAAGUCUAUAAAUCAAAUUGAAAAAGGAAGAAUUCAUGUCGAGAAGGAAAUUAUGACAAAAUGCUCAAGUCCUUUCCUAGUCAAGCUCUAUUGAACUUUCCAAACCCAUGACAAAUUGUUCUUCAUCCAGGAGUAUGUAAACGGAGGAGAGCUUAAUACUAAAUUAAUAAAGGCAGGGAAGCUGAAAGAAGAUCUUACUAAAUUUUAUGCAGCUGAGAUCCUCCUUUCUCUUAAGAUUAUGCACGAGAACAACUAUCUGCACAGAGAUUUGAAUCCUCGAAACAUCUUGAUCGAUAACAAAGGGCACAUAAAAAUAAUAGACUUUGGGCUAUCUAAAAAUAUUGAAAAAGACAAUGGGAUAAACGAGACUUGAGGAACUCCAGCCUAUUGCGCUCCAGAAAUAAUUCAGGGGAAAGAGCACAAAAAGACCAUGGAUUUCUGGAGCUUAGGCGUGAUGCUAUUCGAGAUGCUCCAUGGUAAAUAUCCCUUCCUAAAAGGGUCAGUCAAGACAAAUGAUGAAAUCUUUAAACAGAUCCUUCAGAACAAUUUGAAGAUGUCCAAAUCGCUAUCACCAUUUGCACAAGAUUUCCUGACCAAAAUACUGAAUAAGGAUCCUUCGGAGCGUCUCGGGGCUAAUGGGAUCGAGGAGAUCCUCAACCAUCCAUUUUUGGAGACUAUAAAAUGGAAGGAUUUAGCUAUCAAAAACGUGAAAUCUCCCUACAUCCCAAAAGUUAAGAGUGAAGACUGCACCAAAUACAUUGCAGGCACAUGGCUAGAGGAACCCUUGGAUGAUCAUUACGAAGAUAACUCAGUCUUUACCAUUGAUGAGAAAAGGGAAGCAUAUGUACGGGAUUUCUCAUUUUAUGCUGAAGGAAGCUUCAUUAGUAAAAUGGAGGAUAAUCUAUCAGAUACCACUCUAUCUCGCAAUCAUAGUAACACAACUGAGUAAUUUAUAACAAGGACCAGACCAUGUUUUCUCCAGCCACUUUUUCCGGAAUUUUC